CUUCCUUUUCUGUGUUUAACUAUAAAUGGAUGGCAAAGUGUUGACCUAAGCAUCUAAUCCCAUGCAUCUCAAAUUUCCCAAACAAAAGUUCAAAUCUCAAAUCUUAUCAAGUUCAAAAAUCACUUCUUUUGCCAAGAAAAUUCAAUGGCUCUUCCCAACUAUAAUGCUCUAAAGGACUUGCACGAUUCGGCCAACGACAUGCUUAAUCACUCACCAGUUGAAAUAGCACAUCAGGGACAAGAGAAAUGGACUCAGGAAAUUUCAGAAACAUCGUUAAGAAUACUAGACGUUUGUGGCACCACCAAAGAUGUCCUUUUGCUCGUUAAGGAUCAUGUCCACGACCUCAAAUCCACCUUCAGAAGAAUCAGUGUUGGCGAAAAUGCAACUGCAGAAAACAAGUUUGCACCUUAUUAUUGUCACAGGAAGAAGUUGAAGAAAGAAAUGUUAAAGCGCUUGCAUUCCUUAAAGGGGAUGAAAAAUAACAAAUGCAUAGAUUUUUCAUCAUCUUCACUAGAUAACAAAAUUAAUCUUAUGGUGGUUGUCAAUGUGUUAAGAGAAGUAAGAGUUACAACAAUUUCUAUUUUAGAAUCUUUGAUGUCACUUAUGUCAAUGCCAAGCCCAAAUACAAGGAAAACAAAUAAAGGGUAUUUUGGUUCGAAGUUGAUGAGAGUAAACAGCUUAAGUUCCUGGGAAAAAUGCGACGCUAUGACGCUGCAGUGUGCCAAUAAAAGAUUGGGAGCCGUGGAAAUGGCCAUUGAAGAUCUUGAAGGAGAGCUGGAAUGUAUUAUCCGGCGACUGAUCAGAACGAGAGUUUCACUUCUAAAUAUACUCACCUACUAGGCAACGAGAAAUAUUAAAAGAUGACUUCUAAGCAAAUAGGAGCUAGAUAUAUACCUAUUAUUCCAAGGAUUUGUCAAUGCUCAUAGUUUGCCAGAUUCUUAGGAUCACCUGCGGAGCUCAUUAGUUUGAAGCAAUGAUGCAAGAUUGUUGAAUUUAAAUCUUUGUUUGAUGCUUAAAUUCAGCUCACAAGUAAUUUAAUUUCUACUAAUUGCUCAACUUAAUUUAGUUUGCU